GGCGGGCGGCGGCCCUCAGCUGGGCGCAGGCGCGGAGCGGGCCGGCGGCGCCGCGCUGUUGGCAGGCCCGCGCGGGGAGCGCUGCCGCGGGGACACCGGCAGGGCCGGGUCGGGCCGAGAAACUUGCUCUAGAAAGGCCCGGUGUGCAGAGGCCAUGGGUUUGUCUGCAUCGUCCCCAGCUGCUGCAGGCCAGCCGCCCGCUGACCCAUCCAAGCAGCAUCAGGCAGCAUCACCACCUGCGGAGUGCCCUAUGCACCAGGAGAAAAAGAGCGGUUGUCCAAUGCACAGGAAGACUCCUGAGCAUAGGACUGAGAACACAAAUAAUGUUCCUGCACAUCAAGAAAGAGCGUAUGAAUACGUAGCAUGUCCGGUGAAGUCUGGUGCAUCUCAAGGGAGUGAUGACAUAGAUCCUAGCAAUAUGAUGCCUCCUCCUAAUCAGCUGCCAUCCCCAGGUCAACCAUUUCCAUUGUCAACUGUUAGAGAAGAAUCUUCCAUUCCUAGAGCACAUUCUGACAAGAAAUGGGUCUAUCCUUCAGAGCAAAUGUUUUGGAAUGCCAUGCUAAGAAAAGGGUGGAGGUGGAAAGAUGAUGACAUAACAAGUGAAGACAUGACUAACAUCAUUAAGAUUCACAAUCAAAAUAAUGAGCAAGCUUGGAAGGAGAUUUUGAAGUGGGAAGCUCUUCAUGCAGUGGAAUGUCCAUGUGGACCGUCACUGAUGCGGUUUGGAGGCAAAGCGAAGGAGUACUCACCAAGAGCCAGAAUACGUUCAUGGAUGGGAUAUGAACUUCCCUUUGACAGACAUGAUUGGAUUGUUGACCGAUGUGGAAAAGAAGUGCGAUAUGUUAUUGAUUACUAUGAUGGUGGAGCAGUAGAUAAAAACUACCAGUUCACUAUCCUGGAUGUUCGGCCUGCAUUUGAUUCUCUCUCAGCUGUAUGGGACAGAAUGAAGGUAGCUUGGUGGAGGUGGACGUCAUAACUACUACACUACUCCUGUUGUGUGUAAUCAAAAAGGAAACCACUGUCUUCUUAGACUGCGGAUAAGUGGACAGUAGGACUUGAAAUAGAAGUUGACUGCAACUGUGAUUUUCAUCAUCACCACUGUUCUUUGGGGGGGAUGUGAUGGGUGACGGGGGUAUGGGGAAAUGCCUUGUUAAGUACACCAGUGGUCUAUGAUACAUAUUGAAUUAAAUAAUAAAGUUACAGUAGCAAAAACAUG